AACUGCUUUGUGGCUUGCUUGAUUUCUAGCAGAGAUUUGCCUGUCGGAGUCAGUAGUGAAAAUGCACAUUAAGUCAAUCAUUCUUGAGGGAUUCAAGUCUUAUGCUCAGAGGACUGAAGUCAAUGGUUUUGACCCCCUCUUCAAUGCUAUCACUGGUUUAAAUGGUAGUGGGAAAUCCAACAUAUUGGACUCCAUCUGCUUUUUGCUGGGCAUCUCCAACCUGUCUCAGGUUCGGGCUUCUAAUCUACAAGAUUUAGUUUACAAAAAUGGGCAGGCUGGUAUUACCAAAGCCUCCGUGUCAAUCACCUUUGAUAAUUCUGACAAAAAGCAGAGUCCUUUAGGAUUUGAGAUUCAUGAUGAAAUUACAGUAACAAGGCAGGUGGUUAUUGGUGGCAGAAAUAAAUAUUUAAUCAAUGGAGUAAAUGCAAACAAUACCAGAGUACAGGAUCUCUUUUGUUCUGUUGGCCUUAAUGUUAACAACCCUCACUUUCUCAUCAUGCAGGGCCGAAUUACAAAAGUGUUGAAUAUGAAACCUCCAGAGAUUUUGUCCAUGAUAGAAGAAGCAGCUGGAACCAGGAUGUAUGAAUACAAAAAGAUAGCUGCCCAGAAGACUAUAGAAAAAAAGGAGGCUAAGCUGAAAGAAAUUAAGAUGAUACUUGAAGAAGAAAUUACUCCAACCAUUCAGAAAUUAAAAGAGGAAAGAUCUUCCUACUUGGAGUACCAAAAGCUAAUGAGAGAAAUAGAACAUUUGAGUCGUUUAUAUAUUGCUUAUCAGUUUUUGCUGGCUGAAGAUACCAAAGAACGCUCAGCUGAGGAGUUAAAAGAAAUGCAGGAUAAAAUUGUGAAGCUUCAAGAAGAAUUGUCUGAAAAUGAUAAAAAAAUAAAAGCACUUAGUCAUGAAAUAGAAGAGCUGGAAAAAAGAAAAGAUAAGGAAAUUGGAGGUAUACUCCGAUCUUUAGAAGAUGCUCUUGCAGAAGCUCAGCGAGUUAAUACUAAAUCUCAGAGUGCCUUUGAUUUCAAGAAGAAAAAUCUGGCAAGUGAAGAGAACAAACGCAAAGAGCUGGAAAAAAAUAUGCUAGAGGAUUCUAAAACUUUAGCAGCAAAGGAAAAAGAGGUUAAAAAGAUGACAGAUGGGCUGAGUGCCCUUCAAGAAGCAAGUAAUAAAGAUGCUGAAGCUUUGGCUGCUGCACAGCAGCACUUCAAUGCUGUUUCCGCUGGCCUGUCCAGUAAUGAAGAUGGAGCAGAAGCAACUCUUGCUGGUCAAAUGAUGGCCUGUAAAAAUGACAUAAGUAAAGUUCAGACAGAAGCCAAACAGGCUCAGAUGAAGUUGAAACAUGCCCAACAAGAAUUAAAGACUAAACAAACAGAAAUUAAGAAGAUGGAUGGUGGCUAUAGGAAGGAUCAAGAAGCUUUAGAAGCUGUGAAGAAACUUAGAGAAAAACUUGAGGCCGAAAUGAAAAAGCUAAAUUAUGAAGAAAACAAGGAGGAAUGCCUUCUGGAAAGGCACAGGCAGCUAUCUCGUGAUAUCAGUAGAUUGAAAGAAACAUAUGAAGCUCUCUUGGCCAGAUUUCCCAAUCUUCGAUUUGCCUACAGGGAUCCAGAGAAGAACUGGAAUAGAAAUUGUGUGAAAGGACUUGUAGCUUCACUGUUUAGUGUGAAAGAUACUUCUGCAACCACAGCUUUAGAAUUGGUGGCUGGGGACCGACUCUACAAUGUUGUAGUAGACACAGAGGUUACUGGAAAAAAGCUACUAGAAAAGGGGGAAUUGAAGCGUAGAUACACUAUAAUUCCACUCAAUAAAAUUUCAGCCAGAUGUAUUGCUCCAGAAACUCUGAGGGUUGCUCAGAAUCUUGUUGGCCCUAAUAAUGUUCAUGUGGCUCUUUCCCUGGUUGAAUACAAACCAGAACUUCAGAAAGCAAUGGAAUUUGUCUUUGGAACAACAUUUGUUUGUGACAAUAUGGAUAAUGCAAAAAAGGUAGCUUUCGAUAAAAGGAUAAUGACUAGAACCGUAACUCUAGGAGGUGAUGUAUUUGAUCCUCACGGGACGUUGAGUGGAGGUGCUCGAUCCCAGGCAGCUUCUAUUUUAACCAAGUUUCAAGAACUCAAAGAUGUUCAAGAUGAGCUGAGAAUCAAGGAGAAUGAGCUACGGGCUCUAGAAGAGGAAUUAGCAGGUCUUAAAAACACUGCUGAAAAGUAUCGCCAACUAAAACAGCAGUGGGAGAUGAAAACUGAGGAGGCAGAUUUACUACAAACCAAGCUUCAGCAAAGCUCAUAUCACAAGCAACAGGAAGAAUUAGAUGCUCUUAAAAAAAUCAUUGAGGAAAGUGAGGAGACCUUAAAAAACACCAAAGAAAUUCAAAAAAAAGCAGAAGAAAAAUAUGAAGUAUUGGAGAAUAAAAUGAAAAACGCAGAAGCUGAAAGAGAGAGAGAACUGAAGGAUGCACAGAAAAAACUAGAUUGUGCCAAAACUAAAGCAGAUGCUUCUACCAAGAAAAUGAAAGAAAAACAACAGGAAGUUGAAGCUAUCACCCUGGAGCUAGAAGAGCUCAAGAGAGAGCAUGCAUCCAAUGAACAACAGCUUGAAGCUGUAAAUGAAGCUAUCAAAUCCUAUGAAGGUCAGAUUGCAGUAAUGGCAGCUGAGGUGGCUAAAAAUAGGGAGUUAGUAAAUAAAGCUCAAGAAGAGGUGACCAAGCAAAAAGAAGUGAUAACAGCCCAAGACAGCAUAGUUAAAGCUAAAUAUGCAGAAGUAGCAAAACAUAAGGAGCAAAACAAUGAAUCUCAGCUUAAAAUUAAGGAACUGGACCACAACAUCAGCAAACAUAAACGGGAAGCUGAAGAUGCUGCUGCAAAGGUGUCCAAAAUGUUGAAAGAUUAUGACUGGAUUAAUGCAGAGAAACACCUCUUUGGGCAACCCAAUAGCACCUAUGAUUUCAAAACUAACAACCCAAAAGAAGCUGGUCAGAGACUUCAGAAGUUGCAAGAAAUGAAGGAGAAACUAGGAAGAAAUGUCAAUAUGAGAGCUAUGAAUGUACUGACAGAAGCUGAAGAGCGGUAUAAUGACUUGAUGAAGAAGAAGAGAAUUGUAGAAAAUGACAAAUCCAAAAUCCUUGCAACUAUAGAAGACCUUGACCAGAAGAAAAACCAAGCCCUAAAUAUUGCUUGGCAAAAGGUGAACAAGGAUUUUGGAUCUAUUUUUUCCACUCUUUUACCCGGUGCUAAUGCUAUGCUUGCACCACCAGAAGGGCAAAAUGUAUUGGAUGGUCUGGAGUUUAAGGUUGCCUUAGGAAAUACUUGGAAAGAAAACCUUACUGAACUUAGUGGUGGUCAGAGGUCUUUAGUGGCUUUGUCAUUAAUACUGUCCAUGCUCCUCUUCAAACCUGCCCCAAUUUACAUCCUGGAUGAGGUAGAUGCAGCCUUGGAUCUUUCUCAUACUCAGAAUAUUGGACAGAUGCUACGUACUCAUUUCACACAUUCUCAGUUCAUUGUGGUGUCCCUAAAGGAAGGUAUGUUCAACAAUGCAAACGUCCUUUUCAAAACCAAGUUUGUGGAUGGUGUUUCUACAGUAGCCAGAUUUACUCAGUGUCAAAAUGGAAAAGUUCCAAAGGAAACCAAAUCCAAGGCAAAAGGACCCAAAUGAUCACAUACGGAAGUUAAAAGUACAAAUUUAUUCUUUCACCUUGACUUAUUUUUUAAACAUGAACUUUUUAAGAACUUGGGAUUCAUGUAAUUUUUUCAUAUAAAAAAUUUAAUCAUUUUGUUACCUAACCCAUUUUCUCUUCCUUUAUAUAAUCACUUAUAAAUGAGCAUAAAUUCCUCUGUUCUGAAUUAGUGUAAACUGUGGUCCAAUUACUGUGAUUGUGAUUUUAUGUAUGUCAUCAAAUAUUUUUUCUUACACAAGUCUUUUAUAUAUUAGGGAGCCAGAGAUACAUAUUUUGUAUGUAAAAGCAAAACUACAAAGAAACAGAUGAAAUUAAAUUAUAGGAUAAAUAUAGCUGAUAAUCAGCUUUUAAUAAUUAGCUAAUUCCUACGGUAAUAUUUGUGUGUUUUCUAUUGCUAAUUAUGUCAUUCAGGUAAGGAAGAAUUAUAAAGCAAGUAGCUGGACCAACAAAGGGAACACAAAGAAAGCUAUUAGGCAUGCACUGAGUUAUUUGUGGUUAGUUCCUUGAGGACAAUGCCAGAUCCUUGAUUUAGACUCAGAUGGGAAGCAGAUCUUAAAAGAUUUCUGUCAUUCUAAUGAUGUUUGAAUAUCAUGUUUCUGUAUGCUUAGUAAUUGGUCUGUGCAGUCUUGUCUUUUUAAAAACCUUUAUGAGUAUUUUAAUAAAAGCUUGGGAGAGAGGUAUGUUGCAUGCUGCUCUCGGUUGCAAGUUUAUCUGAAGUCUCCUAAUAUUUUCAAAGAUUUUUGUCAGCCUUUUCAUAAUCCAAUAAAUAACAAUCUUGGUGAGUGAGAAUAUAGGAGCCAAUAUAUAUAAAUAAAUAGAUCCAUCUGUUCUACCAAAAGGACUCAAAAUUUGAUGAUUAUUAUAUUUCUUAGUGUCCUCUGCUUUCCAGCUUAAAACCAUGAAUUUCCUUUAAGAUUUCAAAAGAUGGCGCUAAUAAACACUGUAAAAAUA